AUGCAAAGUGAUUCGUCGUCGCUUGACACGCUCAAAAAUAGUUUGUUGAGCGCCGUCGAUGCUGAUUAUAAUGUAACUAAUCCAGAAACAGUAUUAGAAAUUAUUUCCCAAUUAGAAAAAAUUGAAAUAACAAGAGAUCAAUUACAAUCCACUCGUCUUGGUCGGGAAAUUAAUACAAUACGACAGAAAAUUGAUGCACGAAAAAAAAGUGCUCAACAAGCAGGAGAAAAUCCUCAAGCUAUUGUUGAAAUAGCUCAACGUGCAAAACGACUUUUACGAUCAUGGCAAGGUUUACUUAAUACAUCACAAACUGAUAUUAAUAUUUCUCUAUCAUCUAUUCCACCCCCACCUAUAUCUGUACCUUCUGUAAAUGGCGAAAAUCAUGAAACAACAUCACCAACAUCAGAAAAACCUCGAUUAAUACUUAAAGUUAAAAUAAAUCCAUCAAUAGCAACAAAUAGUAAUAAUGAUAAUAAUACAAAAGCAAAGAGAAAACAUGAUUCAGAAGUCAAUGGUGUAUCUGUUAAACGAAGAAAAGCUCAAGUUGAAACACCUUUAACAACAAUAACACCACCACCACCACCAUCAACACCUAUAUCACCAGUACCAUUAAUUGAACCAAGUAAUAGUUUACCAAGACUUAAAACAACUCAACAACUUUUGAUGGAAAUGCAGUUGAAUCAACCUGAUGUACUUUCAACACAAACACCAACUGUUAAUGCGAUUUUACAACAUCAAAUUGUAGAUGAAAGUUUACGUGAUACAGGAAAAGUUGAUUAUUCAGCUUUGCAUCAUGGAAGGGAUGCAAAUAAUUCAAAUGUCAACAGUAAUUAUCAAAAACAAUUAUCUACAACCCUUCCAAAUGUAAUAUCUCCCACUAAUUCAACAUUAUCAACCGGUUCAACAUCAAAACGUCCAGGACUUGUACAACGUCCAUCGUCUACAUUAUUACCAUCAAAUACAAAUUGGGAAAAUGGUAGUAGUGCUGGUGGUUCUCCUGUUUCUCCAUCUUCAUCAUCAUCUUCAUCCAUAGCUAGUACAACAUCUUGGCCUCUUUCUACAAACAUUCCAGAACCACCAUCGUCUAUACCUGUCAUUCCAAAAAAGAAACGUCGAAGAAAACAUAGUGAACAACAACAACAUCAACACCAACAAAUUAAGUCAACCACGGUAGAACAGUCAACACCAUUAUCACCUGAUUUAGCAACAUUAUGUUCAUCAUAUAAUUCAGUUGCUGAUCUUGUUGAAGCUCAUCGUCAACGUAUAUUAGGUGAACAUGAUGCACGAGAAUUAGAAGCAAGACCUGAUCUACUUUUGGUACCAAUUGAUCAACUUGCUUUUGUUUAUGAACGAGAAAGGACUAAAGAAUUAAAGUUAACAUCCGAAUCUACGCAAACAUCAAUGACAUCGGUUGAUACACUUGAUCAACCAUCUGGUCUUAUUGCUUUACCAUUUAUUGAUUGUCCACUUGAAUUUGAUCUCGUACUUGAAGAACUAGUCGUACAACAACCGACGAUGGACAUGUAG